AUGGGCGGCGCGGGCCGCGGCAAUGUGGGCCUCCAAAAGCCAGCUGACCUCCGCCUGACGCUCCCUCUCCUCAACGAGGGCGGCGCGCACGUUCGGGAGGGGCUGGACGACGACCGGGCGCUGGGUCCCCUACGAGCCCCCUCUGCCGAAGCGCUCGGGGUCCCCGAUUGCUGCCCCGUCGGCACCGCCCUCGCCGAGGCCGUCCGCCCCAUCCUCGAAGUGCUCGGAGCAGGCUCGACCGGUUCUGGCUGCUCGGGUGCGGCCUCUGCCCUCGGUUCGGGGCAGGGCGGCGCCUGCGGCUCCAGCUCGGCCGGCGCGCUCUACGGCUCCAUUUCGGUUGGCGCGCUCUACGGCUCCAGCUCGGCCAGCGCGCUCGGCUCGGGGGCAGGAGUCGGCCCUGGCGCCUCCGGCCAUCCCUGGUCUCCGGCGGCGUCCCUCGGCGGCCUGAAAGCAAACAAAGACACGCUCCCGUGCCGGCCUUGGUCUCUGGGCUCUAGCGCCUGGGACCUCGCCUCCGCUGAGGAGCCCAUCACCGGCGGCGGGCCGGCUUCGGCACUCGCUAUAGACCCGCUCGAGCGCCGGCCUUGGUCUCCGGGUUCCAGAGCCCCAGACCUCGCCUCCUUCGUGGACCCCGCGCUGGAUGACUGGCCGCCCUGGCCUCCCUCCUUUGCGCCGCCCACCGACGGUCGCUGCCGUGGAGGUGACGGCAAUGACAAGGAUGUCAGCUGGGGCACGAAAGCCCAGGGGCACUUUCCUUUGUCCCCUGGCGCCGCCGGUCCAUUGCUGGCGGCGCUUCCUCCGCCGGCCUGA